UCUCUAAGGGACAGAGCUCAAAGCUGGCUGGAUUCAUUUCCAGACAAUCACUUCACAACUUGGGACCAGCUUCACGGAGAAUUUCUCAAAAGAUUCUUCGCGCCUUCCAAAACAGCAAAAAUCAGGCGGAUGAUACAAAAUUUCAAGCAAAAUCCAAAUGAGCCCCUUUACGAGGCUUGGGAGAGAUUCAAAGAUCUUAAAAGGCAAUACCCACAUCACAAUAUCCAGUCCUGGCAAUUAAUGACGGCUUUCUAUGAAGGCCUAAAUGAAAACUCACGGAUAUUGUUGGAUGCCUCGGCGGGCGGAUCAUUCAUGAGCCUUGAACUUGACGAAGCUGAAGAACUCAUUGAGCGGAUCUCAACAAACGGAUCCACUUGGUACUCUGACCGUCCAUCCGCUCAACCAAAAAUUGGAGGCAUGUACGAAGUUGAUCAAAUGUCGGCCAUGGCUGCUAAGGUCGAUAGCAUGAUGAGCAUGAUCCAAAAGAUUGCUCAAGUCUCUGCUGUGCAAAACACUACGCCAGCACCGCCUCCUGUUCCUGUUCUCAUGUGUGUAUCCUGUGGUGGACAACAUGAUCAAUCCACAUGUCCAUGGGAUGCAAUGGAGCAAGUUGAUUAUGACAACUACAACCGGCCGCAGCAACAACAAAAUCAAUUUGGCGGAUUUAAUUCUCAAAAUAGAAAUCAUCCUGGUUUCUCUUGGAGAAAUCCCAGUGGAGCUGCCAAUCCACAAGCUUAUCGGAGUUCAUCACCCGGCUUUCAAAAUCAACAGCAACAACAAUUUAGAGGUGGCCAAGGUUUUUCUAACAAUCAACAGUUUAAGCAAAACCAAAGCUUCCCCUAUGUUCCAAAUCAACAAAAGCCGAUCCUGUCAACUCCUGAAACACCAUCGGCUCCCGGCUUGGAUAACAUUGUUGAUCAGCUACUCAAAUCUCAACUAGCCCAAGCCGAAACCUUAAAGAAGAUUUCUGAAGAGCUUACUCAACUUCGAGCUCACAAUAGGAUGCUUGAAAAUCAAAUCUCUAGUCAAGCAUCAACAUCCUCAACAAAGGUGACUGGAAAAAGUCCAGCUUGUCCUGAGAAUCCAAGAGAAAAAAUGAAUGCUAUCACUACUCGGAGUGGGAAACAACUUCAAUCUCCAUCUCUUCCGAGUAGUGAGCCCGAUGAAGAAAUAAGGGAGGAUGCCAAGGAAGAAGCUCAGAACAAAGUCAAAGAAGAUGCUGCUGAAAUGCUGCUGGAGUCAAUUCAGAUCAAAGAAGGAAAGAAGAAAGAAGAUGAGG